UUGGCUCACUGGACUCUGUCUUGGCAGCGAACGGAGGCAAGAAAUAGUUUGCUAUUGUCAAGGUAUGCGAGGCUCAAUGUGUUGUUGAGAUUUAAGCAGAGCGACGCAGCCCGUUUCCGUGCGUCAAAUGGGUGCGGUAUACACGUGUUGCUCCUGGGGCUAUGCCAUGGAGGAAAAGAACGCGAUUUUAUGUCAUGAAUCUUUUAACUACCAAGAACUUCCAGCACCGAGCCUGAAUGGGGACUCCCGGGUCAGUGUGUCCAGCGGCACCAUAGACCUGUCCCAGGAGUUCCUGCCGGCGCCAGGGGCGGACUCGAACAGACCCCUGUGGAGCACCCCCAGGAACUCCACCCCCAGUAACACUGAACCGGAGUCCGAUGGAGAACUCCAGGCCUUCAUCAAGAUGAGGAACCAGUCAGAUAAGGCCUCAGAGGAGUGGGAGAAGCUGAACUAUGACAUCCACACGCUGAAGUGUGCCCGCCGGGAAGUCACCACCAGGUGGAAGAAGAUCCUGCUGAUGCUGGGCUACCAACGGGAGGUGGACGCUCUGCUCUCCGUGAACAGACAGAUGGCUCAGCUCGAGUCUGAGAACUUGGACAGGGCUCGAGAACUGCUCCAGACCAUAUGGGAGGAGUCUGGACUCUUCCCCCCCGGCAUCGCAGCCAAUGACAGAUAUGUCGUCGUCAUGGAUCGCCUGAUCUCUCUGGACAGUGCAGACGACUUUGUUCGAAUAGCCAAGGAGAAGUAUCCAAAAGCACCAGAAUGAGAGAGAGAGACCGUGGGUACCGAGGAUACCGUGAACAAAUCGUAUGAUGUGGCUGCAUGUCUCGAUGAAUGAUGUUUCACUACCCCCUGUUGGUAGAGGGUAUAAAUUGAAUGUACCAAUCAAAUCUUUUUGACAUGACUGUAUAUUAUGAUUUUACUGAAUGAUGGCUCAUUUUGAAAAUGUAAAGGUGGAAAUGAGCAUGCAUAAAGGAUGCUUUAUAUGCAGAUGCAGGUCAUAUUUAUUCUGCAAAGAGCAUUAAUUUACUAAACUGUCAGUGUAUGAUUACCCUGGAAAUCCAGAGUUCUCGCGAGAGCACAAUGGAAUUGUCUCUCCGAGACACUCUGGCAAUG